AUGGAGGAGGAGGAUGCCAUGGCCGAGGAGAGCCGCACCAAGCAGCAGGCUGCGGCAUGCAAGAAGCCCGUGAGGCUCCACAGGUCGUUCCUGCGCCUGUCCAGAGCCCUCAAGAAGCUCCACGCCCGCCGCGGCCACCAGGCACCAAGCGCGGGCGGCUCCGAGCCGCCGCCGACGCCGUCGUCCUCCGCCGCCGCCUCGUUCCUCUCCGGGUGCAUGCACCACCCCCGGACCCACUCCUUCGCCUCCGCCCGUCGCCACGAGCACGACGACGGCCGCGGGGACGCCCUCGCUGUCAACUUCCGGUCACUCCGGAUCGGCAGCACGACGGCUGCCGUUGUCGCCAACGAGAGCGCCUCGUCGUCGGCGCAGGAUCAUUACAGCAGCGACGGCAGCAGGGAGCGCGUGGCGCCGGCGCCGGCGGCUGCCGCAGUGACCAGCAAGGCGGUGGUCGGCGGCGCGGGCGUCGCGGUGGUGACGUUCUCCGCGGCGCCGUACGAGGACUUCCGGCGGUCCAUGCGGGAGAUGGUGGACGACGCCGCGGGCGGUGCCGCGACGCCGGCGGUGGACUGGGACUUCAUGGAGGAGCUGCUCUUCUGCUACCUCCGCCUCAACGACCGCGCGGUGCACGGGGACAUCCUCCGCGCCUUCACCGACACGGUCGCCGCGCUCCGGCGGAGGAGGAGGCGCAGGGCGGCGGCGAAAAGCAGGCGGGCGCGCCGGCGGGACGCUGGAGCGGACAGCAGCGGUGGCGGCGACGUGGAGGCCGCGGCGCCGUCGUGAUACGUGCCAAGGACGAGGAGAAGCGUCCUUACGAGUUAACGGUAGCGCGCGCUUUUAUGAGUCCUAAUGAAUGUGAUAAA